AAACGAACAAAAUAUGUCGACCAGCGAAAUCGAAGAGUUUGUAAAUGGAGCACUCGUGUCGUGGAUUGAGUCGUGCUUGCCGCGGCAUGAAAUCAUUGCCGGGUACGUGUCGCUGCUCGACGGCACCAUACUGCACACCGUGUACCUGCAGAUUGAUCCGGAACCACAGAAUCAUCCGGCCAAGAUUCGCAACAUGGACGGGCUGACACCGCUCGCGACGGCCCGGACACGCAACUUUGAUGCGAUCGUCAAGAACCUGCGCAACCUGUACGACGAAGAGCUGGGCCAGACGAUCCUGACGCUGCCGGACUGUUCGAUCCUGGGCCACUCACCCGAGACGCGCGGCGGUCUCGAACAGAUGAAGCUGCUCAUCACGCUACUGCUGGGUGCCGCCGUCCAGUGCCCGAACAAGGAGAUCUUCAUCGCACGCAUCAAAGAGCUGGACGUGAAUACGCAGCACGCGAUCGUCGAAGUGAUCAAGCAGGUCACGGACAGCCAAACACUGGUCCUGACGCCCGAAGCGGUCGAUCAGCUGCCGCCGGAACUGAUGUGCAAGCAUUUGGUGCGGCUCGCCAAGGAACGCGAUCAGUACCACGGCAAGUGGAUGUGUUCGCUCAUCACCGACAGCGAGCAGCAGGCACUGGUCAACAGUUCCAGCUCGAAGAGCAGCCUCCACAAUGCUUCCUCCGCCUCGACCAGCACGGCCAACACACCGUCCACAACGUCGGAAAACAACCACCUGGCGGUGGAACUGGCGGACUACAAGUCGAAGCUGCGGAAGCUACGGCAAGAGUUGGAGGAAAAAGCGGAACUCCUGAUGGAGGUGAAGGAAGAGCUGGACCACAAGUGCAACCAGUACGAAAAGUUGCGCACCGAAAGCCAGGACUGGUACUCGGAAGCACGCCGGGCCGCUGCGUACCGGGACGAGGUGGAUGUACUGCGCGAACGCUCGGAACGGGCCGAUCGGCUCGAGGUUGAGGUGCAAAAGUUGCGCGAGAAACUAUCCGACGCCGAGUUCUACAAAACGCGCGUCGAGGAGCUGAGGGAGGACAAUCGGAUGCUGCUGGAGACAAAAGAAAUGCUCGAGGAGCAGCUGCAGCGAUCGCGGAAGCGCAGCGAUCAGGUGAUGACGCUCGAGGCGGAAAUCAUCAAGUUCAAACAGAUGCUGAACGAUAUGAGUCUGGAGAGGGACGUGGACAAAAGUAAGUUGCAGGACUUGCUGGAGGAGAACGUACAGCUACAGCUGGCCACGAAGAACCUGAUGGCCGGAUCGGAUGCGAACGUGGCGAACCAGACUCAAUCGGACACGGACACGGAAGAUUUUCCGUCGAACGACAACAGUUUGUCGGAGCAGUUAACGACCAAUGCGCAGACGCGUGCGCUCAAGCUGGAGCUGGAAAAUCGUCGACUUCUGGCGGCCCUCGACAGCUUGAAGGAAGCGUCGUUUCACGAAAAUUCGAACAAAAUUCUCGACCUGGAAAAGGACAAAAAGAAGCUCUCGUUGCGGUUGGAACAGACCCAGGACAACUGUAACCGGUUGGUGCAGCAAAAUGGCGAGCUCGAGGUGGUGUUCAAAAACGCACUCGAAGAGAACAAGAAGCUACAGGAUGCGAUCGAUUCGAAGCAGCAGAUGAUCGACCGGCAGACGCACGAUCGGGAGCUCGAUCGGAUCCGACAGAUCGAUCUGGAGAAACAGAUCGAGGCUUUGGCGAAGGACAAACAGCGGGUGCAGAAUCUGUUCGAAAGCAUCCAGCGGCGUACGAUCGAUCUGGAGCGAUCGAUCGACAGCAAGAGCAAGGAAAGUGUGCAACUGAACGAGCGGCUCAGGGAGCUGGAUGACACCCGGAAGGAGCUGUACGAUCUGCGCGGAAAGUGCUCCACCGUCGAGCGGGAAAACGGAAACCUAACCAAGGAGCUGGUCAAGUACAAGGAGGUGCUGGAGAAGUGUGAGCACGACCUGGACACGGCCAGCGGCCAGCUCGAGGCGAAGGAGAAGGACAUCGAGCAGCUCGCGCGCCAGGUACAGGAAGGCUCGAGCGUGCUCUUGAAGCUGCAGGAACUGGAGAAAGAAAACCAAGAGCUGCUGUCGCAGCAAAAGAUGCACAGCGACACGAUAUCGACGCUGCAGAAAGAUCUGUACGAUGGCACGAUGGCGACGAAAAAGGUGAAACAGAACCUGGAGCGGCUCGGGCUGAACGAGAGCGAGCUGGAGCGGAACGACCUGAACGUGGAGGUGUUUGUCGAGAAGCUGUGCAAGAACCCGGAAUCCUUCAAAACGGUGCGCGAGAUUGUGCUCAGCGUCGCGGGCAAAGACCAUCACGGGCCGCUCGCUGGCGGGUUCGGGUCCGGUGGCACCAAGUCAGCCGACAUUUGCGUCCUCUGCCACCGGCAGGAGAUUUUUACGGUGGAAAAGAACAUCGAGUUCUCGAACUGCGACGAAACUGCACCCGUGCCGUCCACCGAAACGUCCGGUCCGUCGGAGGUCGAGCUAAAGCUGGAGCAGUUGAAACAGGAACACUCGUCCGUGUUGCAGGCCCACGAGUCGUUGCAGGAGGAAAACGCCCGCCAAAAGGUGAAGGUUGCCACACUCGGGUCACAGAUUGCGUCCCUGAACACGCAGCAUGUCGCGCUGCAGCUGGCCAACUCACAGCUGGCCGUCGAGAAGGACAUGCUGGUGAAGCAGGUAGAAGCCAAACGGCAGCAGUACGAGUCGCUGCAGCAUGACUACGUCGCGCUGCAGUGUCUGCACGAGCAGCUGAGCAGCGACUACGAUGCGCUGAACAGCGAGAAAGAACUGCUGAAGAACACGAUCCGCGAUCUCAAGACGGAGAACCGCGAUCACCGCGAACGGACGGCAGCGCUGGAGAAAACGAUCGACGAACUGCGCGCCGAGCAGCACUCGAUGAAGGACGGGCUGACGAACCUGAACAAUCUGCGCGCCGAGCACUCCAAGCUGAAGGAUGACUUCCGGUGUCUGUUUACGCAGAGUGAGCGCGUGAAGCAGGACUACAAAAAUUGCCACGAUCAGUACCGGGCGUACCGGACGGAGAACAGUCGCCUGAAGCUGCGCAAUACCGAACUGUCCGGAGAGCUGACGAACAAGAAGGAACAAAUCAGCAACCUCGAGAUCGAGUACACCAAAAUACACCAAAGAUGCGAAAUGUUGUUCAACAUGAACGCCAGCCUGGACAUUGAUCGGCGCACGCUGAUGGAUCACGUUUCGCAGAUUCUGGCCCAAUACCAGGAGCUGCUGACGCACUCGCUCGAGGACAAGCAACACUACCACGACGAGGAGAAGAACUUCACCGACAAGGUGAACAACCUGAACCGCCAGAAGGAAAAGUUGGAGGAGAAAAUUAUGGAACACUACCGUAAACUCGAUAGCUGUUCUCCGAAAAAGAAACCGUUUGGCCUUAAUUUGGUGAAAAAGAUGCGUCGAGCCGGCUCGGAACUGAUGAAUCGCGUUCCGAAUAGGAAUCGUCGCUCGUGGGUUGAAGAGCAACGUCUCACGCAGAGCCAGUGCCUUUCGAUGGGCUCCGAAUCCGGUGGCAACGAGUCGGACAACAGCAUCGAGGAACCGAACUCGGUGGCAUCGGACACCAAUCUUCUGCAGCGCAGUUCGCAGCUGCGCCAAAGCUUGCAACGGAAACCGAACAACGAGGCACUCAAUGCCACCCUGCUUCGCGGUGGAAUCCGCAGCAGUCUGCAGUCCUCCCGGCGGGACGACGUAAAUCCGGCCCAUCGUAACAGCUUCCAAGGGUUCGAUACGGCAACCGAUGCGCUGAACCUCGGCACAGCAGGCACGCGACGGACGGUCUAUCUGGACGAUAAGAUUGUAAAUUCCGGCUCCAGUACACCGACGGCGACGGCGACGACGACGGGCGUUAAUCCAUCGCCACCGCCCUCGAACUCGACCCCCCCACCACUUCCCCCACCGCGGCCAGACAACCAAAAUAGCGCACCAAACAACCAACCGGCCGGUGGCGGUGAACCGACGUUUGUUUUGCUAAAUCGAAUCUCCACCACGACGACGACGUUGAAAACGGAAACGACUUCGAAUGUGGUCCCCAGUGGUCCACAGUCCCAGCAGCAGCAGAUGGAAGGGACCGCUCAUGCGCCCGGUUCCAGUCCGGCGUGUGGGGUCGAGGACAGCAACAAGAAGGAUGGUGCCCCGAACGGUGCGGGAAGCACUGGCGGCAAGAAGAAGGGGGAUCCAAAAAACCGUGACAGUGCGAUCUGGUACGAGUACGGUUGUGUGUGACCGGCCACCGACCCGCUCGGCCAUCGACGGACAGGAACAGUAUUCGCGGAAGCAUUUAUACCGAGCAAUGAU